UUUUUACGAGAGUUCUUGUUCGAGAUUCUUCUUGCGUCAUCUGUAGCUCUAUUAUUAUAUUGCGAAAGAUAAGACGUUAAUUCUUUUCUCCUAAAUUUACUCCCGUUUAUAAAAUAGCCGGCGAUAAGUAUUAAUUUAUGUAUUUAAUAUUCAUGCGUUCAAGCUUACAAUACACCAGUUGAGCGACAAACUUCAAACUAACAAUAUUUCGAUUUAACGCGAGCAGUAUUCCCAACGUAUUAUUAUUACAAAUAUCUCCAAGUGAGUGUUCGUUCGUGUUUUGUUGUGAUUCUUAAGGAAGAAGAUGUCAGUCAUUACAAGCAAACAGUGCGCCUGCAAGUGGGUCCUCCAGCACCAACACAAGCUCAAGCAAGCCGCCAGAGCGUGCAGUCUGAAAGUAAAGGAAGUCCUAGGACUCGACGAACUCAAAACCUACGAGCAGUAUAACGACUCCGAGUACACCUUUCGACACAGAGAUCUGACGACGAAAUUGGCCGAACCGGACCAGCUCCGGGCCAAGCCCGACGUCUCCGAACUGAAAUUCGGCCAAAUUUUCUCCGACCACAUGCUGAAAAUCUUCUACCACAAGCAGCUAGGCGGGUGGCAAAAACCAGUGAUUAUCCCGUUCGAAAACAUCUCGCUGCACCCCGCCGCCAAAGUGCUCCACUACGCCGUCGAGCUUUUUGAAGGUUUGAAAGCCUACAGAGGCGUGGACGGGAAAAUCCGGGUCUUUCGACCGGACCUGAACAUGCGGAGGAUGAACUUGUCGGCCCAGAGGGCCGGCUUGCCCACCUUCGACGGCGAGGAGCUCACCAAGUGCAUGAACCGGCUGAUCCAAGUGGACCAGGAGUGGGUCCCGCACAGCGAGGGCUCCAGCCUUUACAUAAGACCGACGCUAAUCGGGAUUGAUGGCACUUUGGGGGUGGCCCAGUCCGAGUCGGCCCUCCUCUUCACCAUCUUGUGCCCAGUGGGCAACUACUUCUCGGGGGGUUCCGAGUCGGUGUCCCUCCUGGCGGACCCCCAGUACACCAGGGCCUGGCCUGGAGGUGUGGGCGACCGCAAAAUGGGCUCCAACUACGGGCCCACCAUCCGGGUCCAGAGCACGGCCAACAGCAAGGGGCGACAGCAGGUGCUGUGGUUGUAUGGGCCCGACCAUCAAGUCACUGAGGUCGGAACCAUGAACAUUUUCAUCUUUUAUAUCAACAACAAUGGGGAAAAAGUGCUGGCGACGCCGCCCCUGAACGGCUUGAUCCUCCCGGGGGUUACCCGAGCGUCGAUCUUGCAAAUGACGCAAGACUGGAAGGAGUUUAAGGUUGAAGAACGGAUCCUCACCAUGGACGAGGUGAUAACGUUGCUACGCAGCGACAGGUUGCUUGAAAUGUUUGGGUCGGGGACGGCCUGUAUAGUCAGUCCGAUUGCUUCGAUCGAGUAUAUGGGCGAGCUUUUGAACAUACCGACCACCGAACACGACAAACCGGUCUAUAAGCGGCUGAGGGAACAAUUGUUUGCGAUACAGUACGGACAUGUUGAGCACCCGUGGGCCCGCGUUAUAGAAUAAGCGCUUUUUUAACCAUUUGUGGUGAAAAUCUCCAAUGACUGUGUUAUCAGAAUAAUUAGACUUACCUAAGUUCCUAUACUAUUUUUUAUCGUGUGCACUUUACACUUGUAGGUAGGUUUAGGUAUUUAAAGCUUAUUUAAGCAAUUUGUGAUUUUUCCCAAAGUUGAAAUGGAGGAAAUAUACAGGGUGUGUACACCUUGCGUUUUGUUUCAUUUAGAGUAAAUGGUUUGUUAAGUUGUCCACAAGGAUGGUCACAAUGACCUCAGUCAAGAGGUAACACUGUUAAGUCAGAGUAGGAUAAGACGUUUGAAAUAUCUCUAUUUAUAUGAAAAAAUCUUAUUAUAUUAUAUAUUUAUUAUCUA